ACAGAAGGAGGAAGGUCAGCAGACUCGACAGCAGACAGUCACAGCAGCUCUGAUGAGAGCGUUCCUGUAGCCCGAGCUCCUCUCCACAGAGGACAAGCAGGCAGCAGAGACCAUGGGCCCCCCCUCAGCCGCUCCCCAUGGAGGGCACAGGUCCUGGCAGGGGCUCCUGAUCACAGCCUCACUUUUAACCUUCUGGGACCCGCCCACCACUGUCCAGUUCACUAUAGAAGCCAUGCCGUCCAGUGCUGCAGAGGGACAGGAUGUUCUUCUACUGGCCUGCAAUAUUUCAGAGACUAUUCAAGCCUAUUAUUGGCACAAGGGGAAAACGGCAGAAGGGAGCCCUCUCAUUGCUGGUUAUAUAACAGACAUUCAAGCAAAUAUCCCAGGGGUGGCACACACUGGUCGAGAGAGAGUAUACUCCAAUGGAUCCCUGCUGUUCCAAAACAUCACCCUGGAGGACGCAGGACCCUACACCCUACGAACCAUAGAUUCCAAUUACAACUCUGACCAAGCAACUGGCCAGCUCCACGUACACCAAAACUACGUCCCAGGCCUUCCUGUGGGGGCUGUCGCUGGCAUCGUGACUGGGGUCCUGGUUGGGGUGGCUCUGGUGGCCGCCUUGGCGUGUUUUCUGCUCCUCUCCAGGACUGGAAGGGCCAGCACCCAGCGUGACCUCAGGGAGCAGCAGCCCCCAGCCUCCACCCCCGGCCAUGGUCCCUCUCACAGAUCCACCUUCUCGGUCCCCCUACCCAGCCCCAGAACAGCCACUCCCAUCUAUGAGGAAUUGCUACACUCUGACGCAAACAGUUACUGCCGGAUCGACCACAAAGCAGAUGUGGUCUCUUAGGUUGUGGCAGCUCUCCAGGAGCUGCUCCUGUGGGUUGAUGGAGGUACCCAAAGCCCCCAGCCCUGGGAAGGAGAAGUACAUGGAGCCUGAGCCAGAGAACCAGCUCUGAGUCCUGAGGAGACACAGGCCUGGGGACAGGGAGGGAUGGGGGUCCCUGCUGAAUAUCUGGAGAUCCCGACAGGCUGCGCUGGGCUCUGGGUGGGUCAGGACAAAGGCCUCUCAUCACCACAGGAAGCGGGGGCUUGCAGGGAAAGUGAAAGGGCCUGUGGCCCACCCGGGGUCACCUGGAAAGGAUCUGAAUAAAGAGGACCCUUCCUCUCA